AGAAAAGCAUCGGGCACAACCUUUCUGGUAGCCAGGAGGUUCUCCGCAUUUUUAGCUUUCCAGUUUGUCGUCUUGUUCUUCUGUAGUCACCGAUUAUUCAUUGGAGGCUCAUGCAGCUCCUAGCUGUUUCUUGAAGUUUUUAGUGUUUAGUAUUUGCUGUUGGCUGUACACGGAUGCCGCCUUCCCGCCUUUAGUAGUAGUCUGGAUCGUAGCGGGGAUGCGUUGUGCUUGGAAGUAGUCGGUGAGGAGAAAGCGGCCUAUAACUAUUUCACCAACUUUCGCCCUGGUGGGCUGCCGUCAGGGAUAUGGCCGAUGCAAAAAAAGCCUCGACUGUUCGCACCGCGAACAAGGAUAAAGAUAGAUCGGACCGCGGCACCAGUGGAAAGAGCUCGUCCGGUGGGUCCAGUGCCUUGAUGGUUGGACCCAACUUCAGAGUUGGCAAGAAGAUUGGCUGUGGAAAUUUUGGAGAACUACGCCUUGGAAAAAACCUGUAUACGAAUGAAUACGUAGCAAUCAAAUUGGAACCGAUGAAAUCAAGAGCACCGCAGCUGCACCUGGAGUAUAGAUUUUACAAGCAGCUAUCAGAUACAGAUGGUUUCCCAAAGGUACACUACUUUGGACCAUGCGGCAAGUACAAUGCAAUGGUAUUAGAGCUACUUGGCCCCAGCUUGGAGGACAUGUUUGACUGUUGUGAUCGCUACUUCUCCUUGAAGACAGUCCUGCAGAUCGCACUGCACUUGCUCGAUCGGUUUGAGUUUAUUCAUAGUAAGCACUUAAUCUACCGGGACGUGAAACCGGAAAACUUCCUCAUGGGCCCGCUGUACGACAAGCGCCGCUCCAAGAUGGUGCACGUCAUUGACUUUGGCCUGGCCAAGGAGUACUACGACCCGGAGACCAAGAAGCACAUCCCCUACCGGGAGCACAAGAGCCUGACGGGCACGGCGCGCUACAUGAGCAUCAACACGCAUUUAGGAAAAGAGCAAAGUCGGCGAGACGACUUAGAAGCUCUUGGCCACAUGUUCAUGUACUUCCUGCGCGGCAAUCUGCCCUGGCAAGGACUCAAGGCUGACACGCUAAAGGAGCGCUAUCAGAAAAUUGGUGACACGAAACGGGCGACGCCAAUCGAAGUGCUCUGCGCCGACUUUCCAGAGGAAAUGUCGACAUACUUACGGUACGUGCGGCGACUCGACUUUUACGAAACGCCGGACUACGACUACCUGCGCAAGCUGUUCCGCGACCUGUUUGACCGCAAGGGCUACUCGGACGACGGAACGUUUGACUGGACCGGCAAGGAAAUGAAAACGCCCACUGGCCACCUGACUGCAGAGCCGCCGAUAACGAAAAGCACGUCGGAGGUGACGACUGGCGGGUCCAAGGGCGACCCAGCUGAAAACACGCCACGCAAGAGCAUGGCAAGCUGUCGGCUAGGAGUUGAGAACUCGAAGACAGCGCAGGGCUCCACUCAUGUACUUCACUCGACCACGGAUGAGAUCGAGGAGAACACGGUCGCGCAAGCUGACAGCCCGCACCAAUCUGGCGUCGACGGACAGCCGUCUGGUGCGGAAACAACGCAGCCUGUUGUCAACGUCGAUGAGGGACGCGGCUCCAAGCUGUGCUGUUUCUGUGUGAAGAAGCGAAGGUGACUAGAGACCGGCGCUCGAUUCGAACGUAUCUAGAUCCAUCCAGGCAACAACAACAACUGCUGCUGCCGUUACCAUUGGUCUGCGUCCGCGCAUGCGUGUGUGUUGCAUGUGCCGCGCACCGACCGUCCUAGAUCACGUAAUUCGAGUCCACUCCCGAGCGCUGCCUCCGCUAUGUCCCACCGUCCUGUUCUAUUGUUUCCUCUCUCGCACACACUCUCUGUCUCUUUCUCUCUCAUCCUCUCUUUUUUAAGUUGACUGUGUGUGUGCCUUCUUUUGUUGAUGUGGCGGAACGCAAGCUUGUUGGUGCUGCGGCAGAGGCACCUGUAGCAUAAACUACACUGGCAGAGUACCCCUCCCUGAGUCCUGCCACCGGCACUGACGUCUCCCCCCGCCGGUGACCAGAGCACUAUAUCCACUGUGUUCGUCCGGCGUGUCGCCAGGACCCUUUGUCCACAGGCAGAACUUCACGUGGCAAGAGAGCCCGUCACUGCCACUACACUGAUUUAUCCGAUCCUCGUGUACCCGUGGGCUUUUUUUGCCUGUCGCAUGCUUCACUGCUGUUCCAAACUUUGUGUCGGCAUGUAUGUGCGACAUCACCUCUCCCCCAGCACAUAUAGCUAGUUUCGUUCUGUCCGUCUGUGCGUGUGUUUUUUCUGCUCUCUGUUUGUUUUUAACUGACGUAUCACCGAGACAGCGCACCUGCGCGCGCCGCGUGUAUAUAUAUGAUUACCAAGUGUACAAUGAAAAUCGUGUCUUGUCCCAUCUCUUGUGCUGAUUUGAUUAGAUUUUUUCUUCUUUUUUUCCUGUCGUGAACUCAACAUUAUCAUCGAUGUACAUGUAUGUGUUUGGUUUUUUCUUUUUUUUCUUCUUUUUUUUGUGACCUAACUUAUAUACUGAGAAUUCCAGACAGCGAUUGAUCCGCCGGUUUCGCUUCUUCUUUUUUCCUUUACCCCUUUUCGAAUUCAAAUUAAGCUUGCCGAAACGUCUGAUCUAUUUCCGGCUGUUUCCUAUCGGUUUGUUUUUCGGUUAGGUCCGCUCACAGCUCGGCUGGCUACUGGAUAACUGCAUAUUUUUUGGCCGUUUUUCUGUAUGUGUUCAUACUAAUGCUAUGCUAAAACCUGGAUGAUUCCAUUGUAAUUCCUGUCCGUUGUAUUGUCUGUGGCUUAGGUGUUCCGUGGUGUAGAGUUGUGUUCUCUUCAUGUCUAUGUCUCUCUCUCUCACUCUCUCUCUCUCUCUCUGUCCGUGUCCGCCAUCUAUAUUUGUCUUGCUUGUUUGACAUUGUUGUUGUUGUCGUCUUGAUGUUCACACGUUCCGAAUGAUUUCUUCAUAGUGACUGUGCUUCUCUGAUGCGAUGUCUUACUCUA